AUGGCAACUUCAAGUGUAGCAAAUAUUUUGAACUAUGGAGCUGCUGGCGAUGGCGUUACAGACGACAGUUUGGCUUUUUUAAAGGCAUGGAAUGCCACAUGCAAUUCAGUGACAGACUAUUCCACCUUGUUGGUUCCAUCAGGCCAUACAUUUCUGGUCCAGCCCCUCACCUUUAAUGGCCCCUGCAAGUCCCCUAAUCUCUAUUUUCAGGUAGAUGGAGGGAUUGUAGCACCACAGGGUCCUAAUGAAUGGAAGGCAAAUGAGAAUCUGAUGUCAUUUGUGGAGGUUGAUGGACUCUCCCUAAAUGGCACCGCCACUAUUGAUGGCCGUGGUAAACCCUGGUGGGAUGCCUCUUGUCGAGACCACCCUCAAUUACAGGGUUGUUUCGGCAGGAUGCCUACGAUGGUGAUGUUCCUACAUUGUACUAGAGUUCGAAUGCAACACUUAUUCCUGGUCAACAGUCCACAGGCUCAUAUACUUGUGUGGAAUAGUGAUAGUGUUGAAUUCCACUUCUUGUCCAUAAAUUCUCCGGCUGACAGUCCCAACACUGAUGGCAUUCAUAUUCAAGCCUCCACUAAUGUCUCAAUUCUCCAAUCAGUUAUCAAAGCUGGAUUGCAUUUUAAUUUAUUUAGUUUGCAUAAUAAAUCUUGUGAUAUUAUACAUAGCAUUGGAAGUUUGGGCAAAGAUGGAAGUGUGGCCAAUGUAACAAACAUUAAAGUGCAUCAUGUUAAAUUCUUUGGCACAUCCAAUGGUGCCCGCAUUAAAACAUACCAGGUUGGAAAAGGAAUUGUUCAACACGUUGAGUUUAGAAAUCUAACCUUCUAUGACGUGCAGAAUCCAAUCAUAAUUGACCAACAUUAUUGUUUCGAUCCAAAAGGCUGUCAAGAUUUGCCCACUGCGGUUCAUAUAGACGACGUGAGUUACGCCGGCGCAGUCGGGACAUCAGCGUCGGAAGUGGCUAUGAAUUUGAAUUGUAGCAAAACAGUGCCUUGCACUAAUAUUAGUUUCAAAGAAAUUCAACUGAAACCAUCAAAAUCACUAAAAAGUGUCGAGUCAAGUUGCAACAAUGCUCAUGGAUCUACCACUGGAAAUGUGAAACCCGCUUCUUGUCUUCACGGAUGA